AUGGAUGAGAGAACGAAAAUCGUAGAUGUAUGGGCAAAUAAUUUAGAGGAGGAAUUUGAAAAAAUAAGAGAUGUAAUCGAAAGCCAUCCUUAUGUAGCCAUUGACACAGAAUUUCCUGGUAUAGUUGCAAGACCGACAGGCAAUGUGGUAGAUUAUAACUAUCAAACGAUAAAAUGUAAUGUAGAUUUAUUAAAGGUCAUACAACUAGGUGUAACCUUUUCUAAUGGAAAAGGUGUUUUGCCUAGAGUAUCGACAUGGCAGUUUAAUUUUAAAUUCGACCUUGAUAGUGAUAUGUAUGCUCAGAAUUCAAUAGACUUUUUAAAAUUAAGUGGAAUCAAUUUUGAAAAACAUCAAUCAUUAGGCAUUGAGCUAUUACAUUUUGGUGAAGUAAUUAUGUCAUCUGGUUUAGUUAUGAAUGAAGACGUAAAAUGGAUAUCAUUUCAUGGUUGUUAUGAUUUUGCAUACCUAUUAAAAAUAUUAACAUGCUGUGCAUUGCCACAUAGUGAAGGAGAAUUUUUUGACUUAUUACAUGAUUUUUUCCCAUCGCUUUAUGAUAUAAAAUAUUUGUUAUUAAAUUUAAAUAUUAAGCAAUUAAGUCGCACAUUUUCUUUACAAAAAAUUAGUGAAAUUUUAAGUGUUAAAAGAAUAGGAAGACAGCAUCAAGCGGGUUCAGACUCAUUAGUUACUUGUAAAACAUUUUUUAAAUUAUUAGAAUUAUAUUUUGAUAAUAAAAUAGAUGACAAAAAAUAUUCAGGUAUUAUAUAUGGCUUGGGAACCACUAUAAAAAAUUACAAUAAUAAAUUUGAUGAUAAUGCAUAUAAACAUAAUAACAACAAUAAUAAUAGCGGUAACAAUAAUGGUGUUUACUACGGAAAUAAUAAUUAUCUGAAGAAAAACAAUAAUAAUGGUAAUAAUACGUCAAUUUACGGAAAUCAUUAUUGCAACGAUAAAAAUAAUGACAAUAAUAAUAACAAUAGCCAAUAUUGGGACGGAAAAAAUGAUAUAAUGUCAGCAAAUAAUACUAACAACCAUUAUAUACAUAACAACAUUAAUAGUAACAAUAAUAGUGAUUUAUAUACUUAUGUGGAUAGUACAAACAAUAGGGAAUAUAUGAUUGCUUUUAGUAAAGAUGCAGUAAAAGGAAAUAUAAAAAGUGAUGUACUAUAUAACUUAUAUUCAGAUAUUAAUCAAAACAAUUAUAAUAUGAUACCAGGUAUGAAUAAUAUGGGAGCAAAUAAUAAUUUUAACACAAAUAUAUGCAAUAAUAACAAUAAUAACAAUAAUAACAACGGAAACAUCAACAAUACUAAUAGCAGUAUGAACAAUUUUUCUAUUAAUAAAUAUAAUACAUCACAAAUAAUUAAUUCUAUAAAUAAAAAUGGAAGAAUGAGUUUAGUUAAUAAUGCAUACAUUAACAAUAACAAUAAAAUUGGAGAUAAUAUUAAUGAAAAUAACCAUAGUAGAAUGAACACCAAUGAUGUUAGUAGUAAUAGUAAUGUUGUUAGUAUUGGCACACAUAAUAUGGGAAUGCUGGAUACUAUUGGAAACAUUGGGAAUGUUGAUGGAAUUCCUAGUAUGGGAAACGUAGGAAGUUUUAAUCAAAUAAAUAAUGGUAAUAAUAAUGGAGGUAAUUGUUUUAACGACUGUAUAAAUUAUUCUGACAAUGGAAAUAAAAUGGGAAUGGACUCUUCGAAACUUAUGAAUGUAAUUUUUAAUGAUAUUCAUUCGAAGGCCGGAAAUAAUAGCUUAAAUAAUGAUUUGAGCAAUAUAAAUAAUGGGAAUUUAAAACGUAUGAAUAGUAACAACAUGAGCGAUGGCAAUAUGAACAGGAAUAUGGGAAAUCUUAACAAUGGCAUAAUAAAUUUAAAUGGGACAAAUAUAAGCAACUUAAACAGUUCUAUGAUUUUAAAUACAUUAAGCAAUAUGAACAACAUUGGAAAUAUGAAUUCAAAUAUUAAUAUAAAAAAUUUAAGAAAUUUAAAUAAUGAGAUAAAUAUUAACAAUUUUAAUAAUGACAUUCACACUAAUAAUGUAAAUAUGAACAGCAUAAAUAUGAGUAACAAUUGUGCUAUGAAUGUUAAUAAUCAAAAUGGAAGUAUUAAUAAUAUGAACAUAAAUGGGAAUAUAAAUAUAAAUAAUGUUUAUGAUGGGUUUCGGAAUAUUACAAAUGUAGCGAAUAAUGGUAACAAUAGUAACAAUAAUAAUAAUGUUAAUGAAUUAAAUCAUUUGAGAAAAAAUAAUACCAACAAAUUGGAUAUAUCUGAUGAUAAUUUAAUAAAUGUAUGUAAAGGGUCUUUCGAGUCAUAUAAUACUAAUAAUAAUGUUUUAUCUGCAAAUAUGACCCCGGGAAAUUUAGGAACUAAUAACAAUAAUAAUGUAUGUAUGGUCAAUGUAAAUUAUGCUAAUUAUCCUAACCCAAUUGGAAAUAACGCUAAUACUAACAAUGCUAACAACAAUGGUAAUAAUAUGUUUUUACAUAAUAUGAACAAUUCAAAUAUUGGGAAUAAUGAAAAUAACCAAAUUAAUAAUAAUAUGAAUAAUCAUAAUUAUUAUUCCAUGCAAAAUAAAUAUAAUUCAAUGGGGAAUUUUUCAACUAUUAUGAAUCCUAUACUUGAUAAAGGAGUAGCAGAAAAUUGUGAUUCUGAAAAAAGAGUUAUGGAUAAUAGAAACAUAGUUAAUAGUAGGAACAAGAAUAUAUGCAACAGUAAUAGUAACACAUACAAUAACAAUAAUAAUAGUGACAUAAAUACAAAACUCAAUAUAAAUAAAAAUUCAAUCAAUAAUAAAAUUAAUGCUUCACAUAUUAAUUACGGAAAAAAUAGCUGUAUUUCAAACUCUUUAAAUGAUAAUAAUUAUAAUUUUAAAGGAACACACAAAAUUAAUAUUAUGGCAAAUAACGAUAUGGUAAAUAGUUCUACUCAAAAUGGCACACCAAAAAACGAGUUUAGCAACAGUAACAAUAGCAGUAAUAGCAAUAAUAGUAAUAAUAAUAGUAACGAUGAUGAUAUAAACACUUUGCAGCAGAAUGUUCAUCUGAAUAGGGAUGACAAUUUUAAAGAUGAUAAAAGUUCUAGCUUAAAUAAAACAGCAAUAGCUAACAUGAAUUUGAAGCAUCCACCUCCCCCACCUCCUCCACCUCCCCCACCACCUAUAAAUAAUAAUAUGCCAAAUAUGUUGAACAAUAAUAAUAGUAUAAACUCCAUUAAUGGAAAUAAUAACGAAACUAAUAAUGAUCCCAGUGUUAACAAAAAUAACGGUAUUAUGAAAAACAUAAACCCUUCUCCAUCUAUGAAUAAUAUCAUCAAUAUAUUAAAUGGCAAUAAUAAUGAAAUAAAAGGGAGCAAUGCUAGCAGCUCUAAUAACGCCAAUAAUUUGACAAAGCAUCCCUCAAAUAAUUCUAAUAUAAGCACUUGCAAUAAAAUAAAUUACACAUAUGGUAAUGCAAGGGGAAAUUAUGUAAACAGUGUAAACAGAAACAAUUCAAAUUGCUCUAAUAGCUCCAAUCCAGUUCAUAUGUAUAAUAAUAGCGUAUCAAAUAAAAGUUCGGUUGAUAGUUCAAAUUUUAUAACUAAUGCUAACUUAAAUAGAGAUAAUACAAGUAAUUCUAACAAAAUGGGGAAAAAUUUUAGCUCUGUGACAAAUAUAAAUAAUAGUAUGAAUGAUCAAAAUGGCAAUAGAGGAGUUAAUAAUCACAAUAUUAGCAAAGACUCAAUAGGAAGCAAUAAUAAUGAUGGAAAUAUUGUGGCUUGUGUUAAAGACAUUGCUAAAAGUAAUAGCAAUACUAGUAGGAGUAAUAGCAAAAAUAGUUUGAUGGAUGGCUCUAAAGGUAGCAAUUAUAGUAGUAAUAACAAUAAUAAAAAUGGUAAAAAUAAUAAUAGUAAUAAAAAUGGAAAUAAAAAUAAGAGCAAAGGAAAAAAUAAAAAUAUUAAUGAUAAUAAUCAUAUUAACGGUAAUAAAAAUAAUGAAAAAAAUAGUAAUAAAGGCAAUGAUAAUAAUGGAAGUAACAAUAAGAGUCGAAAUAACAACAAUAAUAGUAACAAUAAUAAUUCUAUGAAAAAUAAAGUUGGUGAUAAAAAUAAUGAAGAUAGCAUUUUUGAUAAUAAUGCAACAGAUAAUAAUAGUAACUAUGUUUUAAUUAAUCAAAGAAAAAAUGAAAACAAAAAUUAUGCAAAUUUAAGUACCAAAGGCGAUGAUAAUAUUUCAAGAAUCAAUAAUAAUAAUAAUAGUGCUGUAAAUAAUUCAAAUAAAGAAUUAAUUGACGAGCAAGCCAAAGCACGAAACUCAGAUAAAAAUAUAUACAAUAAUUUUUACAACAAUGUGAAUUAUUUUAAAUCUGAUAAUAACAUGAAACAGCAUAGCAGAAUAAUGGGAAGAGGCACUGGAUUUACUAAAAAUAAUACAAACCAAUUAUUAAUGAAAAAUAAUUUUCAUAAUAAUGGUUUAUUAAAUAAUGAAAUUUUAAGUCAUGGAGUAAAUGUUAAUAAUAAUGAUAAAAAUGAUUUUAUUAAUAAUACCGAUAAUUUGAAUUCUCAAAAUAAUUAUUCCAAUAAUGGAAAUGACUAUGGAAGUGAUGUAAACAGUUACCCAAAUAACUUAAAUAAUUACACAGGCAAUGUAAAUAAUAAUUAUUCAAGAAAUUUAAAUAGCUACACUAACAAUAUAAAUAACUACACAGAUAUGUUAAACCAGGGAAUGAACUACAAUUCGAAUAUAAAAAAUAAUAACAAUAAAGGAGUGACAAAUUAUGGUGAUGAAUCACAUAAUAAAAUUGGAAACAUUAGUAUGAUGAAUAUGGGACGGAUUAAUCAUGUUUCUAAUUUUAAAAAUAAUAAUGCCAAUACAAUUAGUAAUAACAAUUUUGACAAUAAUAAUGAAUUAAAUCAAAACAAAUUAAAUGAUAACAUUAGCAUGAGUAUAACGAAUAAUUUUAUGAACAAAAAAAUGAAUAAAGAAAACAUAAGCAUGGUAAAUUAUCCUAUGGUAAAUAAUAUCAAUAUGAAUAGUUUUUAUAUGAAUAAUGAAAAUUCAAUUGGGAAAAUAAAUAUGAAUCACGGAAAUCAAAAUAACAGUAAUUUUUUUUUUAAUGAUAAUAAUGAAAAUAGCGGAAGUAAUAUUGCUAACAUAAUUUCAAAUGAUCAAAAUUAUAAUUCCUACUCAGAACAUUUUACAAAUAAAUUAUCUAAUAAAUCAUUGAAUGAAAAUAAUAAUAGAAACUUACAUGGAUCUAUAUACAAUGAAAAAAGAGACAAUUCAAAAAUAAUCUAUAAUUACAAUGAACAAAUUUUUUUAAAUGAAAAUAUGCUAACAGAAAAUUUGGGAUCUUUUGAAUCUGCACAGGAAAACAUUUAUUCUUAUCCAAAUUAUGACAUUAAGAAUAAAGAUAGAAAUUAUUUUUAUGAUUCUUAA